CCUUAAAGGGGACUCGCGCCUUGGGCCGGCCAAGUUAAACCCCCGGGCCGGCGGACGGGGAGAAGAGAAGAGAGUCUCCGGCCGUCUCUUAUCUUGGUCCUGGCCGAGCGGUGGGGGACUCCGGCCGAGAGGCGGGGCGGCCCUCCCCAACGGGAGGAGCCUCUUUCGAACCCGGCUCCCGGGAAAUGCCCAGCAGGGAGCUGGAGGAUCCCCAGCUUCCUUAGGAUCGGGAAGGCUUGAGUUGCGCGCCUGCCUGCUCCGAUGAUGUACACCAUCACCAAGGGCCCGAGCAAGCUAGCCACGCAGAGGAGGACAGGUCCCACGCAGCAGGUGGAGAGCAAACUGGUGGAUCUGAAAUGCCGGCGGCCGCAAUCCCAGCAGCAGCAGCAACCGCAGCAGCAACCGGCGGCGGAGCUCAGCUCGUGGCCCCUGGCAAGCCCCCUUCCCAAGCUUGUGUUCAACAGGGUCAAUGGAAAGAGACCCCCGUUGAUGAUCUCACCCCCCACAACCAUAGAGGAAAACUAUACCGUAGCUCACGAAGAAAAUGUCCGGUUUGUGUACGAAGCAUGGCAACAAGUGGAAGAGCAGCUCCACAGUCAAGAGCAGGGAGAUGGUGGAUCUGGCCCAAUCCAAUACACAGAGAAAACACCCAGCCCAGAGCUGAAAGAUUUUGUUCCCAUUGAUCUCGAAGACUGGUGGGCUCAACAGUUUCUGGCUGAAAUCAAGAAUGGCUCUUAAGGAAGGCAGGAGGGGCUGCUUGACAAGAGAAAUUUUCAAUUUCACUCUUUUAAGAAAACGCAGGCGCCUCGGAGUACAGCGAGAACUGGACAAAUACUGGGGGAGGGGGCCGGCGGGGAGAGAUGUUGGCUGCUCAGCUGGCCUUGGAAAUGCUGAGAUGUUCCACUGCCCGGAAGAAGCCUGCAGAUCAUACAUUGUGGGAAUGCUGGGGUGCCCAGGGAGGGGGGCACGAGGGGGGCAUUCUUCUCCUCCCUUGGGCCUGGCACCCAGCACCGAGUCCCUUUGGGUCCCGGCGCCUAGACUGUGUUCACAAUAAACACGCUGAUCCUGCCAGUGGUACAAAUGCA